UUCUCCCAUCCCAAUCUAAUGCUGAUCCUACUGAAAAUGGAUCGAUUGAAAUUCCCAAUUUAAUCAUGACAUUCAUCGAGGAAGCGGUCAACGAACUUGACAAAUCCAUAAACUUAGCAGCAAACGACGUGAAUCAAUUGAACCAGGCAUUGAACAGUAUUAUCCAAUACCGAAAACAGUUAGACGCCAUUGCAACAGGUUUAGAAACAAAAGUACUUGAAGAUGGGAAACUUCUGAAAGACGUCGAAGACAAAAUAAAUUAUAUGGAUGUUAUUGAAACAGAACUCGAUAUAACAGAAGUAAUGCUGUUGGCAUUGAACGGACGAGAAACUUUAUUGGGCAACAAAAUUGAACAUGAUUUGAACUUUUACUUCGAUCCUAGCGUCCUUGAUAGCUGGAACAUUUCAUUUUUUGCGCAACGCAAUGGCCAGGGUUUCAGUCCUUCGUCGGGUGUGUUUACUGUACCAUUCCACGGCAUUUAUCAUUUCUUUUUCACAGGUAUUUAACUUUACAAUCCAGUCGUCAUU